AUGUCGCUCACGUCACGAAAUGGCUCUAUCAAGCCCCUGAAAUCAAGACUCGGAUGUAUAACCUGCAAGAUACGAAAAGUGAAAUGCGGAGAAGAGAAGCCACUGUGUUUGCGAUGUAGUAGCACAGGUCGCAAGUGCGAGUACGCAAGUACUAUUAUCCGCACAUAUACCUCCACACCUCCCUUGACAUCUACUCCUCAUGUAUCUCUUUCUCCAUCACCGAAUACAGGAUCACGAGAGCGUCGCGCUUUCGCCUACUAUUUUCAACACGCUGCCACAUCCAUCGGCGGUGGACUUGAUGCUGAUUUCUGGAAGACCACAGUCCCGCAGAUUUGCCGGAGCGAACCUGCCGUGUGGGAUGCUAUGAUUGCAAUAAGUUCUUUAUUCGAGAGUCCCACCUAUGACUCGUCUUCAAGUCUCACUUCUUUUCGCCAGGGUCAAUCUCGUGCUUCUAACCAACCCCAACAAGAUGCAUUGGACUGGUAUUCACGCUCAGUGUCCGCUGUUCGUCAAGGAAUCGAACGUGGUGGCGUUGAUUCAUUUGUUUGCUUGAUCACAUGCGUUCUUUUUAUAUGUAUCGAGUCCAUCUUGGGCGGUCUGGAAGAAGCGACGCACCUCUAUGGACAAGGCGUCCAUCUUAUUCUUACUUUAUGGGCACAAAAGUCCAGCGGGACCUUAACAGCGACGCAGGCUUCGUUGCUGAGGGAUACAAUUAUCCCGAUUUUCAUCCGAUUGGCAUCAUUCUCCCCCCGGAAUAUUUGGAGUUUGGCAAUCACCAUGGUGCAGGAGACUGAGUACACGUUGACAUUGCCAGAGAAAUAUCCCACUCUGAAGUCCGCUCGGGAAGCGAUUGUCAUGCUAUCCGCGGAGAUCUCGCUAUUCGAAAUGACUUGCGAGCAAUAUCUACAAAAUUCACGUGCUUGGCAAAUAUCAGAAGAUAUGGCAAUUCAACAGAAAACACUAUCAGCCAGGCUAGAGAGCUGGAAUAUUGCUUUCACUGAUUUGUUGGGUUCCUUGCGCAAAAGAGGCGAUUUAUCACCAUUGCAUGUCAGCAUCAGCGCCCUUCUUUCCUCUUACUACGAGAUGCUAUACGUCAUCCUCGCGGUCUGUGGGUCUCCAUUACGGAUUACGACCGACAACUACAUACGAAAUUUCCAAGCUAUAGUCGAAAAAGCCGCUGUUGCUAUCAAUCAUUCGGCGCGGAAUGACGGCACGCAAGCGCCGUACACAUUUGAACUCAGUCUCGGUCUUCCGCUUUGGUUUACUUGUCUGAGGUGUCGUGAACCAACAAUUCGUCGUGCGGCACUUGCUCUAUUACGUCGAACACAUCAAGUGCAGGGGCUCUCUCAGCGAGACCAGGGAGCUGCUCUCAUCGAAUUGAUUAUGAUGCUAGAGGAGACAUCUGCAACAACGACGAAUGCAGCCAAAGGCAUUGACAAUAUCACGUCACCACAACCAUUCGACGAGUUUACUGAUUUUGAGUCCUACUCUCAUGGCAGUAGUGUAUCAAGCAGUCCCUUCAGCAUUUUAGAGUCCGAAGUUGCCACAGGCUUAUCAUCCCCACUAACAGAUUUGGAAACCGAAACAACGGCAGUUACCGUCAUCCCCCAGGAUGCCCGCAUCCGGCCACAUGGUGCUUUCCGACUAGGCGACAAUCUUCCUCCUGGAUUGACGGAAGAAGAUAUUGCACAUAUCUCUGAGAUGCUUGGAGCAUUCUUUGGUCCUCAAUAUCGAGACUGGUGGCUUUCUUACAUUAGGAGUGCCAGUCGCAUCGGACCAUAUUCCAACCAUUGGUUGAUUCGACGAUCCGUGACAGAUGUUUUUGCGCGGGGAUUUAUCAGGCUGGAUAGACUUCAACCAUCUCUUAUCGAGUACGAGGUUAGACAUGUGCUCAUGGGGCCAGAGGAACCUAUACCUCUCGACGGUGUCUACCCACUACUAGGCGACCAUUCACGGUUGGGCACCGAGAAGAUAGAUCCCAGAUUUAUCGGCACUCAUGCCCGACUUUCUGGCUAUGGCGUCAUGCGACGACUUGGAGAGCGCAUAUACGGUACACCGAACAACUACUCAACCGUUCAGAGGCUUCCAUUCGGACUAUACCUCAAAUUUCAGGGAGACGUUGAGGCGUUUCGCAACGAGUUCAAUGCAUUGCGAGUGGUUCAAAAGAAUACCUCAAUACCAGUUCCACGCUCUCUCGAUUUGGCAAUCAAGCCCGCUGUUUUAGACGAUCCAUUCUCUUCUCCCGAGGCGUAUUUACUUACUACACGACUUCCUGGUCAGCCCCUAUCGCGCUGCCUCGAGGUUCUGUCAGAUUUCGACCUCGAACAGAUUUCUUAUCAGCUGAAAGAUUACUUAUCCCAGCUACGAAAUAUUCCUAGAACAGUCAAUCCAGAGAUGGCAAUCUGUAACACCCUUGGUGAAGCCUGUCAUGACCCACGGAUCCAGGGCGGACAGCCAGUUGGACCUUUCAAGGACGAAGCAGCGUUCAGUCAAACCUUGCGAUUCUCAGACGAACCUGCUCGACGUGGACACGAAAUAGUAUUUACACAUGCAGAUCUUAAUCCUCGCAAUAUACUCGUCGAUCGAGUAAUCCAGCCGGAUGGAAGCCGUGGAUGGGAGGUGACUGGGAUUGUGGACUGGGAAACAUCAGGAUAUUAUCCCGAGUAUUGGGACUACACCAAGGCCAUGUUCGAAGGAUUCAGAGGAUUCCGGCGAUAUACCGAUAUGAUUGGAAAAGUUUUCGCAGAAUUCGGUGAUUAUUCGCGAGAGUAUGAUGUUGAGCAAAGGAGCUGGGAGUCAGGCGACGGAGUGUGA